AUGGUGUUGAGAUCCUUCGAGGUGGUGGUGGUGUUGAGAUCCUUCGAGGUGGUGGUGGUGUUGAGAUCCUUCGAUGUGGUGGAGGUGUUGAGAUCCUUCGAGGUGGUGGAGACUCCUCCGGAGCAGGACAGUCCAGUAGAUCUUCCUUCGUCCCUGGACCUCAUCUCUUCUCUUGACCUUGAGAGUCUGGUGCAGGACCGUAACACACCUGAGGUUAUCCAAGAACCUCCUGCUCCAGAAACCCCAAACCUCCAGGACUUCAACAGUCCUUCAGAAACUGUCAGUCCACCAGAGAAAACCGUCCCACCAGAGACAGAGGACGUCAGCUCCGAUGCCGCUCACUUCAUGGUUUCAACGAUGAUCCAAAAGCUCUUGGACAAAUCCCCCGUGUCCCUGUACAUUAGGGAGCAAGGAAAAGUUAUUUUGCGACUGCGUGAUGUGGAGCGAAGAGUCUCCAUGUCCCAAGGAACAGACCUGAAGACCAAAGACCUCAAAACUAAAGCUAAUGAGGCGGCUAGAAGUCUCCGGGAAGAGCUGGGACCCAUCUCCUCCGCCCUGCUCCAGAGUGACUGGUUUGUGGAGGCAGCGGUGAGAAAUCUGAACAUCCAGCUCGAAAACUUCGGUGAUGAGGACGGAGGCCGACGACCAGGAUGCUUCUUCUCUCGAGUUUUUAAAAUGUUCAGGAUCAGGAAGAGCAGAGUGUCGCCUGGUCCUCUGAGAGCAUACAUCAGAUCAGCGUGUUAA